GACUAUUCUAACCUCAUUCUCCAAAGUUCAAAACUCGGUUAAAAAAAGGCGCCAAAACAAGAACCAUGUCUCAGGACAGAUAUGCAUCCAAGUUUGAAAAAUGCACAAACAUCCUAAAAACGUAUCAGGAAAUCCUAGAAAAAUAUCCAGAUGAUAAUGGCAAUGAAAUCAAGGAAUUCGAAGACAUGGCUCUAGAUCAUUGCAAGUCGUCUAUUUCAUUCGAAAAGUCUAUGAAUGCCAUAAGAUCCUAUGGCCAGGAUGUCUCUGAAAAUGGCCCAGAAAAAGAUCAUAACGUUGCCAAGUCAAAGAUGCAGGUAAAGCUAGCAGAGGCUGAAGCCGAAGCGAAAAAAGAAAACCCCAAAAACCAUCAUGUUUGGCGAGAGAUCUUUUCCAAAACCCAGGAUAUUGAAGAAGUACCAUCUAGUAGUAAAAGAAAAAACAAAAAAGAAGCUGUAUAUGAACAACUUGACGAUUCUAUAAUGUGUUCUACUUCUUUCACAGCACCGAUUGAUCCUAUUUCGAAACUUGUCAUUAAACAACCUGUGAGAAACACAAAAUGCAAUCAUGUGUACGAUAAGAAGUCUAUUUAUGAUUACAUUACACAGUCCAAGAAAAGAGCGAGGUGUCCUUAUGUAGCGUGUGAGAAUAAUGCAUUGGGUCCACAGGAUUUAAUUGAAGACUGUGAAUUGGAAGACAAGAUUUCUCAAUACUUGUCCACACAACCCGAGCAAGAGAGUAGUGGAAGUUCUCCCAAUGAAGAUUCAGAUUAAAUCAUAAUCAUUCAUGUUUAGGGUAUUAAAAAUUGAUCUCAUUACUAAUUAUGGUCAGAAUUUGGUCAAUUAAACAUUGCUUUUAUUUUAUAUUAUAAAAUGUUGAAUAUAUGGGUCCAAAAUUAUCUAUGCAAUUUUUACUGU